AUGGUAAUGAACCAACGAGCCCAAUCAUUAGAAAUUUUGCACAAUAAAUAUGACACCGAGAUUACACACAAAUGUCGAGUUCAUAUAACGAAGGCGACACUCGACCACUUACAUGGAGAAUAUGACACAGAACCCGGCUAUGGAAGUGAGAGAAACUCAUAUCUAAGGCAUCAUAACAUUGAAACCUAUUUUAUCAAAGCUAAGCAUCCGAGAAAACAGCCCAGCACCCUUUUCGAGAGAGGUUUCGGCGGACUAAGGCCCAAAAAGCUGUCCUUCCGAAAUGUAUCCAACUGUGUGAUGCGCCUGAUGCAAUCAGUAAAAUUCAACGCUGAAAUACCAUUCUCCAAUGUACUCCUGUCGCCUGUAGAUGAAAAGUCUACAUCAAAACUGAGUAAAUUAGUAUCAGACAUUAGGAAGCCGUUUCAAGGACGCUUAUCAAGUGUGCCACCGCCGGAACCACUUGACCGAGUCAACAAAUAUCUGGCACAAGCUAUAACAGCAAGAAGUAUUGAGCAAGAGACUGCUAACCAUGUUCAUUUCUCCACACUUAGAUUCAAAAACUCGGCCAAGGAAAAAAAGUAUCAAGGGGUAGAUGACAUUGCAUUCAAUAGCAGUAUGAUAUGUUCUUUGGUGAUGCUUGUCUGUACGGCUGGAUUACAAGUCAUUGUUUUACCAAGGACAUUUCUGCUGUUACUGUUGUUUUUGGCUGCUUUCUCUUGGAUUGCUAUUAUCUUAAUCCUGAUUCUCAGCGUUAAAUUAAAGGUAACAUUGAUUAAUUUCACAUAUUCACCAUACAGCUUGACUGUCCAGUAUCUUAAAUUUUGCUGCCAACCGAGUUUGAUCCUAAACUACACACUAUCGAAAUUACCUGCCUUCCAGCUGAGUGAAGACAACACAAGCUUCACUGGAGAUAGUCACCUGAGAUGCGAACUACCACAAUACAUAUAUAUGAGCUGUAUCAUUAGCUUCAUUUGCGUGUCUAUAUUUCUGCGACUCUCGGCCUUGCUCAAACUUUUCAUGAUGUUAGCAAUGGCCACAGUGUGCAUUGUCCUAAUGGAAUACACGCAUAGACCUCUUUUCCAGCAGUUUGACUAUUUGCAUCAUUCGGUGAUUCCGACGGAUGUAGUUGGCAUAGUUGCCCUUAUUAUCUUCAUCAUCACGUUUUAUGUACAUGGCAGAAAGCAAGAAUGGACCUACAGACUAGAUUUUCUCUGGAAAACUCAAGCAACGGAGGAGAAAAUAGAAAUGACAGAACUACAAACUAACAACCGUCAAAUACUAUGUAACCUUUUACCGGCUCACGUAGCAGUCCAUUUUAUUGAUCACCAAAAUAAUACACAUAUGGAAUUAUACAGUCAGCAAUACAACCGAGUGGGCGUGUUUUUUGCAUCGGUGUCUAAUUUCUCUGAAUUCUAUAUGGAACUUGAUGCCAACAACCAAGGAGUAGAAUGCCUACGCGUUUUGAACGAAAUAAUUUUUGACUUUGAUGAGCUCCUUACUGAAUCCCGGUUUUGCGCCAUCGAUAAAAUCAAAACGAUCGGAAGUAUUUAUAUGGGCGCCGUUGGUCUAAUGCCUACAUUAAUGAUUGAGGAUACAGACGCUUCUGUUACACACUACUUAUCCAUUUUGAUCGAAUUUAUAAUGGGUAUGAAAGAAAAACUGAAGAACAUCAACGAAAAUUCUUACAAUAAUUUCAUGCUGAAAAUCGGAGUCAAUGUGGGCCCUGUUGUAGCGGGUGUAAUCGGCGCCAGAAAACCCCAGUAUGAUAUUUGGGGUAAUACUGUAAAUGUUGCCAGCCGAAUGGAAAGUACCGGCCGUCCAGACCAUAUUCAGGUCACAGAAGAAGUAUACAUGGCCCUUAAAGAUGUUUAUGACUUCAAAUGUCGCGGUCGGAUAACAGUCAAAGGUAAAGGUGACAUGGUUACCUAUUUCGUGAUGGGACUUAAAGGAUCUGCUUCGAAGUAUAGUCCCUGUAGCACUGCAGAAAGCUUAUCCAAAUCUAGAUCCCCGUCAAGAGAUUUCAAGGAGAACGCGCCACUUGUACCACAAAGUCUCAGUGUUAGCAAAGACCUCGACCGACAAGGGUCUCAAAAAUCACAAGGAAAAUCUCAAUCCGUUUACGGUUCAAUUAAUAUUGAACGAAAACCAAGCUUAGAUUCUCUAAGGGGUCCGAACGGUACUCCUACGAGCAGCCUGAAUAAGAAAAGAAAAAAUAGCACUGAGAGUCCAAGAGAUUCGUCCGUUCGUAAUCCAUUGCGGAAACUGAGUAGUUCGUCUUUGACGAGUUGUAUAACCGCUGAUGUGUCUUACGGUUGCGUCGAUUCUCCUGAACUACCAACAGUGCAUUAUAUGAACGUUAAGAUGCAGAACAACGGCAAUGCAAAUAUAGACAAUGUUCAUAGUCCAACAAUUCAAAACGAAAUGUUUGACCAACUUAAAUCUAAUACAGAACCAGAACUGGUCGAACGAUCAGUGCAGCAUCGAAGCUGUCCGCGACAAAAUUUGUCUCCUGAAAGUGCAAAGAGCAGCACCAGUAAAUCAGCGCCGCCACAUCCAAGAGACAAAGUGUCAAAGAUACCAUCUCCCUCCAGAUCCUCUAAUAUGCCACAAGCAACAUCAUUGCCUGCUGUAACAGGAUCGUCAGCCAUUCGGAAAUGUCUUCGUACGUCGACAUCACCAACUCAGACGGAAGACUAUUACGAAACAGGACCAAUAUUAGAGGAAAUACCAGAAAGCGAAAUUUUGGCAAUGAAUUGUAUGUUAAAGGAACUGGGAGAGGUCGUAGAUGAGACACAGAACGGUAGAGACAAUAAAAGAAAGCAAUCUCAACGUUCAUUAGCGAAAAAUAAUAAACAAUCUGGCGGUCACCUCCAAAGUCCUCAAAGUCCUGAAUAUGACAAAAAUACAAGGAAACAACAGAUCCCAUCUGGCGCCAAAUCCCCUCCAGCAAGACUGGAUAAAAACACAGUGACUCCGCAGCCGAUGUCAUUGGAUUCCAUACCGUUGAUACAAAAACCGAAACCACUGAUAUGUGAUAGUCGUCGAACAUCCUCAACAAGAUCCAAAUUAGCACCUUCUAAUUUACCUAAAGCUUCGUCCAUUCUUGCGAGUAUUGACGGUAAAAAUAUGUCUAUAUUACCGGCUGCAGUUGUAAAAGUAGAUAACGAAGAAAACCAAAAGAUUAGCCUAAUGCGUUCCCCGUCAGAGAAGACACGGGGGAAACCAGAAUCCAAUGGUCCUUCAGAUAAAAGAAGAAAGUCUGAUGGUACCAUUCCGAGUUUGAACACUGCUGAUAGCAAUGUAAAAAAGAUUCCGUCUGUAGGAGUUUGUAACCCAGUGGUUGUUCAGUCCCAGACAGAACCAUGUUUUCUAAAUACAACUUCAGACGAUGAAUUAGAAUCUGUCUCUUCCAACCAGUCUUCAGUUGUACUACUGAAACCAAUAGAACUGAAGGUCAAAUCUGGUAUUAGACAACCAUUUACACGACAGGUUUCGUGCCCUGAAACUCCCCCUACGUCUGUAAGGAAUGCAAGGGUAGAUAACUCCGUCUGUCAUUCUAAAUCAAGUGAUACACUCAGUAGCUGCCCUUAUUCUUCACCAUCGACACCAAAGUUCCCUAUCCGCUUACACAGUGACAAUACUCAACUGAAUCGCUUGUUGCACGACCUCGAGCGAGAUGUUAAUGAUGAUGAUGACGGUGAUGAUGACGAUGAAGAACAUCACACUGAAAAUCCAGUCAAAAAAGAACCAGUUCCAUCUGAAGAUUUAAAGCAACGCAAAUUAAGAGCUCCUACAGGAAUACCGAAGCUGUGUGUUACUCCGACUGUUGCAAAAGUCACUUCUCCAUUGAAGCCAGCCACUGCUGUUGUGGCCCCAAUAGGACAGAAAUCCUCUUACAACAGGAGCAACAUAUCUAGUAAACCCCCUGUAGGAGUAACUAACAUGAGAAUGCCGGGACCGGCAAAUGAUCGGAACAAGGCUUGUGUAAACGGUAGGAGCGGAAACUUUGGUGCAAAGCCGAGAGUACUGCUAGAACCAGUAAAGCAUUCACGGUUGCCGACUGCUGUGGUCAGUAAUAUAAAGAAAAAACGUCGGGAGAACUCUGUGGAAGAAAGUGAUGAGGAACGAGUGGGUGUUUCUGUUAAUCCUCAGAAGACCAAAACAUCUUUCGCAUGGCAACCCAGGCACCGUUCACCUCCCACAGUGAGCUCAAACGCUAAACAACGCCCUUCUGGUGGGGCUGAUACAGCUGGAGCAGGUGCUAGCGGUUCUGCUAAUGGUGCUGGUGGUGGAGGGGCAAUUUCUCGUGUCGGUGCUGAAACAAGCACUGGUGUCACUAACAAUAACAACAAUAACAACAAUAAUAUUAAUCAUUGCAGCAAUACCAACAAUACCAACAACAACAAUAGCCUCCAGCAACGGAUCGCGGUGAACCCGUUUCAAGUGAAACGAAGGCCCAUAUUCAGUAUGCCUCCACGAUAUUGCCGUAGCUUAGAUUACAUCCCCAGCGACAAGGAAGAUCACGUGUCGUCUAACGCUUCCUCUGCGACCGGAAGUCCUCAUAUAAAACACACUUAUUUAAUACCAUAUUUCGGUGGUGGUCGCAAACCCAUGGCCAUCGACAAUAUCAGCAUAUCGUCGUUUGCAAGCAGCAGUGAGAUGUCGAAAAGUGACCCGACUCUUAAUUUCGACUCCGCUUCAACAGCCUAUGAGUCUGAAUACGACAACUACCGACCCGGUCUGGUCAGCGAUGAGGAGUUCUUUGUCUCUGAUGCCAUGAGUGACGUAGAUUUGUUCGAUGACAUCAAUAUAGAGAACGUAACAGUCAGUGACAGCUACAGCCUUAACAUACCACUUCCGCUUCCGACUCACAAAAAGAUAACUAACGUUUGAAUCACCAUCAUUUUUUAAAAAAAUUAUUAUUUCUGAUUUUCUGGAGGGGUGGGCUGAUUGGGAUAAGGAUAGGGUUGGGAGAUUCCUUUCUUACAAAAAAAAAAAAAAAGCACUUUGCUUCUCCCUUUAAAUACGCUUUGCUUUUCUAUGGUUUUGUUUGUUUUAAUAAUAAGAAGAAGUGGAGGAAUGGAUAAAAGGGAUCUAAUACCCCCGUGACCAAAAUUGACAGAUGAACGAGGCUUUGAUUAUA